UAGAAGAAAAGCCAAAAAGCUUGACGCCUGCUAAAACAACCCGACUCAAAACCGUCUUUUGAUAGAGUUGAGAUUUUCGUAAUGUUUCUGGGAGGCCAAACACCAAAAUUUCUUUUUCUGUCUACUUUUAAAUAACCGUUUCUUUCUCCACCCAACCUCUUCACACUUCACACUCUUUUGAAAAGUCUUUCCUCUUUCUCUAUCUAUCAUCUCUCUCUCUCUAGGGUUCUCCACCACAGUCCGCAAUCUAAUCUGCCUUUGUUUUUUUUUCAAUAGAUGUCGAAAGCCGGAGCAUUGGAUCUCGCAUCAGGUCUCGGUGGAAAGAUCGACAAAAGCGAUGUUCUCUCCGCCGUCGAAAAGUAUGAGAAAUAUCAUGUCUGUUAUGGAGGUGAAGAGGAAGAGAGAAAAGCUCAUUAUUCUGAUAUGGUUAACAAAUAUUAUGAUCUCGUAACCAGUUUCUAUGAGUUUGGCUGGGGAGAAUCGUUCCAUUUUGCACAUAGAUGGAAAGGUGAGUCGCUUCGAGAGAGCAUCAAGCGGCAUGAGCACUUCCUUGCUUUACAGCUUGGACUGAAACCUGGACAGAAGGUGUUGGAUGUGGGUUGUGGGAUUGGAGGUCCUCUAAGAGAGAUUGCUCGCUUCAGCUCAACUUCUAUUACAGGGUUGAAUAACAAUGAAUAUCAGAUUACAAGAGGAAAGGAACUGAACCGGGUUGCAGGAGUAGACAAGACAUGCAACUUUGUUAAGGCUGAUUUUAUGAAAAUGCCAUUUCCUGACAAUUCAUUUGAUGCAGUAUAUGCAAUUGAAGCUACCUGCCAUGCACCAGAUGCGUACGGAUGCUAUAAAGAGAUUUAUAGAGUAUUAAAACCAGGCCAAUGUUUUGCCGCAUAUGAGUGGUGCAUGACUGACUCAUUUGAUCCUAACAACCAAGAACAUCAAAAAAUUAAGGCUGAAAUUGAGAUUGGUGAUGGCCUACCAGACAUCAGGUUGACAGGAAAAUGCCUUGAAGCUCUGAAACAAGCGGGUUUUGAGGUCAUAUGGGAGAGAGAUCUUGCGGCAGACUCACCUUUGCCUUGGUACUUGCCUCUGGACAAAAGUCACUUCUCUCUGAGUAGUUUCCGUCUAACAGCUGUUGGGCGAUUUUUCACCAAAAACAUGGUCAGGGCUCUAGAAUUCGUUGGUCUUGCCCCAAAAGGAAGCCAAAGAGUUCAAGAUUUUCUGGAGAAGGCUGCAGAAGGGCUAGUUGCAGGUGGAAAGAAAGAGAUAUUCACGCCAAUGUAUUUCUUCUUGGCCCGGAAACCACAUUGAGAGAAUCAGUGAAGUAUGGCUGCCUACUACUGCUACUACUACUACUAAUUAACCUAUUUUCUCGGAUUCUGGAGUUAGGAUUGGGCUUAUAACUUCUCAUGAGUCACGACCAUGCUAACUGACUAAGUUUGUCUGUUGCUUGUCUUUCUUUGGUUAUCUGUUCCUUUUUCUUAUGACCUUACAAUAUGCACUUUCUUUGUUAUAAUAUUAAAAUAUCAAUUUGUUAUA